AUAAACUACAGAUUUUUUUCCCCUCUCACAAAUUUUCUUCCUGCCUUCUUGGUUAUCAAUGGUCUCUCUCUUCAUUUCAGAACAACAACGGAAUCACUAUAAGAAACCACUCUCAAGAAUGCAACUUUUUUACUUAUCUCCUUAAAUAAUCAAUUCAACUUCUCUGCAAGAAUGCAACUUUCUUGAAAUUUUAGCUUUUGAUUUUGAAUUGUAAACUUAUCGGUGAGUCUGUGACCUCCUUGCUCAUCAUCUAUAGCCUUCUUGGUUUAGCUAUUGGGAUUUUUUUUAUUGUCCGGGUAAAAUCUCUUGUUUUUCUCACCUGGGCUUUCUUAAUUUGUCGAAAUAAUCAUAAACAAGUCCAAAGUUUCUUCAAAAGGUAGAGGCGUGCUCAGCUUUCAUUGUUCCUUUAUUUAGUAGUUCAGAGUGGAGAAUUACCACCAUAAGACAAUACAGCUUCAUGGAGAACUGCUCCCGGCUAGCUUGUUGUUAAAAUGAAGAACGUGCAGGAUCAACAGAAAUUACAGGACAUAAAGCCUAAUAUUAUUUCACAUGAUUCCCGAACUGAGCCACCAACUAAUGCCACCGAGGCAGCUAUACCAGACUCAGGUUCCGUCUCGGCAUCAAGUAAUGACAACAGAAAAGUAUCCCGUGGGGAUAUCGAACUUGUUCAGAAUUUGAUAGAGCGAUGUCUACAGCUGUAUAUGAAUAAAGAUGAGGUUGUAAAGACCCUUGUCAACCGUGCUAAAAUUGAUCCCGCUUUCACAACAUUAGUGUGGCAGAAGUUAGAGGAAGAAAAUGCCGACUUCUUCCGGGCCUACUACAUAAGGCUUAAGUUGAAGAAACAAAUUAUCUUAUUUAACAACUUGCUAGAGCAUCAGUAUCAUCUAAUGAAAUAUCCCAUGCCUUCAAAGGUUCCGUUAGCUCCCAUGCAGAACGGGAUUCAUCCAAUGCCUGCCAACAACCUACCAAUGGGAUACCCCGUUAUACAGCAUCCCCCUGUUCCAGCUAAUGGUCAACCUCAUAUUGAUCCUAUGGGCUAUUCGACAUCUAGCUGUCACAUUGUCAAUGGCGUUCCUGCCCCAGGAAAUUUUCAUCCUAUGCGAAUGAAUUCUGGAAACGAUAUGGUGAUCGGCACAAAUACAGCCGAUGUAUCCCCCAUGAUGCCACCAAACAAUGCAAUGUCGUCCAUUUCGGAUAUACCCGUAAGCCCAACCUCAGUGGCAUCGAGCGGCCAUUUCCCAUUUAGUGCAUCGGACAUGGGGGUCGACGCUUCCGCACUUGACACAGCUUUUACAUCUGAUGUUGCAAGUUCAGUAGGACUACAGCUUCCUCCGGAUAAUGGGGUUGGAAACUCUAGAGAUUCCCUCAGAUCCUUGGCUCAGAUUCCGUGGAAUUUUAGCCUUUCAGACCUAACAGCAGAUUUAUCGAACUUGGGAGAUUUAGGAGCGCUCGGAAACUAUCCCGGUUCUCCAUUUUUGCCUUCUGAUUCUGAUAUUCUGCUUGAUUCUCCAGAACAAGAGGAUAUAGCAGAGGAGUUCUUUGUCGAUUCUGAUUCUGUGCCAGGGCAAUGCCUGCCAGCAGAUGAGGAGAAGUCGUAGCCAGGGGAGCUAAGGCGAGGCAGUUUGAUUCAAGUUUCGAAACUUAGUCUAGGUUGAGGUGGUGCACAAUAAAGCAUUAAAGAAACAACAUAAGUAGCUUUAUCUAUAUUAGGAUACAGUGUUGAGGGCCUAGUUUAUAACAACGUUUAGACACCACCAGAGGUAUCAGAUAGCCUUAGCCGCUCAUGUUGUAGAAGCAGUUAUUUUGGUUCCCUACCAUUUUGUCGUUGUCGUUACUAUUGUUGUCGUAUGAGGAUUUUUGCACCGUGAUAACAGUCAUAUAAACCAAGUUUUUAUCACAGUAUGUUGUUUAAUCAACCAUAAGAAAUGGUUGUGAAUC